AUGAAGCUGAAACCCAAAUGCUUCCUGCAUUUUUUGUGUUUGGAUAAAAUCUACUGUUUGUUAUCUGUCAGAAAUGCAAGGGCACUGGCGUCCUACUUUCAACUGCUCGAUGUUCACAAAAAUAAUUCUCUGAAUGAUAUUCAGUUUUACAACUUUCUCCACUAUGUAACUGACCUGAGCAAGGCUCAGAUCAUGCUGGUGUUUGACCUACUGGACUGGGAUGGCAAAGGGGAGGUCAACUUUGAUGAAUUCUACAUGUUGGUGUGCAUCAUAAUGUCCCAUGAGAACCACCUUGAAAAGCAGUUCAUGUAUCGUCAUUGUCAGCCAGUUUUUGAGCUGCUGGACAUCGAUGGAGGGCACACAGUUGGCCCAGCAGAGUUCCAAUCCACUCGCUUCCUCUUUAAUAUUAAAAAGACCGAGCUGAGUCAGAUAUUCAAAGACUUUGACAUCUCUGGUGAUGAGCAACUGAACUACAAGGAGUUCAGGAUGUUCACUAUCUUCUGCAUUGACAGACAACAGAGGAAGGCAAGAGAGAAACUGAGGAAACAGAUGGCUAAGGCUGCAGCUGCAGCGGCAGAAGCAGAAUCAUUAUCUGAAUUUUCUUUCAGUGACCUUUAA